GACACACAAAGGAAUUGAAUUCCGUUCCCAUCUUCCCCUCCGUCAUAAUCUCAUUUUUUAAAUCUAUAAAUACUAAGCACUGCUUACACUAAUCUCGAUUCCCACCCACUUCUUUCCUCUUUCUUAUUAACUUGGUCAAUUUUAUUGCUGUUCUUCCCCAAUUCAAACCCUAAAACUAUUCUAAAUCAUGCAAACCCUCUCCUUUCCUUGCAAUCCGCCGACGCCUUUGAAUUUCCGAUUCCAAUGUAGAGCUACUGUACAAUCGUUAUCUCCGCCGAUGCGCAAAUCCAGCAGCUUAUAUGAGGUUCUUCGUGUCAAUCGACACGCUUCCGCGGUGGAGAUUAAGGCGGCAUAUCGGAACUUAGCGAAGUUAUAUCACCCUGACGCUUCAUUUUCUCUGUCAUCGUCUUCGUCUUCGUCGUCGGACGGCGGUGAUUUCAUUCAGAUCCAUAACGCUUACGAAACACUCGCUGAUCCUGCUGCUCGAGCUUUAUACGAUUUGUCGUUAGGGUUUGGGAUCGGGAUUGGAAUUGGAGAUAGAAAUUCAAGAUCUCAAUAUGCAACAGCUUCUUCAUCUGCUUCUUCCAGCUCGUCGUUUCAUACUGUGGGUCGUCGCCCCACGCGAAGAUGGGAAACGGAUCAAUGUUGGUAGGCAUUGCUUUUUUAAUUAGGAUUUAAUUGUGAUUAGAAAGUAUUAGUAUCAUAAUUAGUAGGUAGUGUGAACUAUGAAGGAGUUUGUAGUAUGAAUUGCUCCUAUCAAAAUGUAAUGGUUGACAAAAAUAUGUAAAAAAACAAAAUUGAAAAUAUUUACUGUAUGUACAUUCUUCUCAA